AUGGAACUCAAAGCCGUAGUUUUCCGUUGGAAACAGGAAAAGAGAGGAGAAAGUUUCCGACUUUUUCUGAAAUUAGAGCUUUGUCACAAAGAGGAAAUCUCCCUCGGUUUUCGUCAGUGGCAGGGACUGUCUAUAAAUCCAAUUGAGACUAUGCCGAUUGAAUAGUGCCAUGGAUGGAUGGUUGUUCCAAGGCCGGAUACCGGCGCAACACCGUUUAUGAACUGAAGCCUCUGCUUCCUCGAGAGGCUUCGACCAGUUGGAUACUGUUCCAGCUGUAACAAGAUAUUGUAUAUAAAUACAUAAUGUGAAGGGAAAAAGGCCAAAAAAAGCCCUAGGGAGAAGGGGAAAAAAAAGGGACCUUUCUUCUUCCUCCGCUCCGACUGGACUACCUGAUACUAUGGCUUCUGCAGAAGAAGUAGCGGUCUUCGCUGAAACUAACUUGGGAACCCACAUCGCCAUGGCGGUUCCAGUAGAUAUCACAGCAGGGGAUUUCAAGAGACGGCUCGAGAAAACACAUGCUAGUUGCUCUCCGAGUUUAGGAGAGAUACAGGUCUAUGGUCUGAUGGUGAAACGGAAAUCGCACUUGUAUUACAUUCCGGAACCUAUGCUAUUAAAACACAUCUUCCGAGAUCUCCAUAAGGCCUGGUUUAUUUGUGUGGAGGCAAGAGCUGUAAACAGUUCAAGUGAGCAAUGUGUUUCCAGUGGAAUUCGUGAAGCAGUAGUUGUGAAUUGCUCUGCUUCUGAUCGAGCCGUCGAAGGAAUACUCUGGUCAAGAAAAGACGGAGAACCAGAGGAAUCUCUUGGAAAACAUGUCCCAGGAGCGGAUGUUUCGACUUCCGGGAGCAAUGAAGCAGUCAGCUUCUCGGUUUUCGCUUCCAGAAUGCUCGAAUCUGAGCAAGUGUGCUUUGACAAUAGAGGAGGAACUUGUGGUUUUAAGACACCUGACCCUGGAACCAAACCUCCAUUGUCAAUGUCAGAAGCUAAAACAGAAGGAAAGCAGCGUUGGCAGUUGGGGAAGGAUCGGACAGAAAGCGAGAAGGUUAGAAAGAAACUACUUGCGGCAGCUAACAACAUCAGAAUGCAAGGAAAGAUGCAGAAGAUCCCUUCAGCAAUGUCGUUUAUCUGCAGAAGCAAGAGUGGAAGAAGAAGAGGAGGAAGAUUUACAGGUCGUACAGUAAUCGCAUCUCUUGCUAAGUUUCUAGUCUUUCAGAUACCAGAGACAGAGUGACGUGAACAAGAAGGGAGCUCUGGUUACCACCAUAAGCAUAUAAGCAAGUACAUGUGUAGUAGGAGAAUGCGUACGGAUGUGUCUUGCAGACAUGCAAGUGAUUCUUUGUGCAGUUUGAUAAAAUAUUGAAAUAGAGAAAGGGACACUACACAAAACGGUUCAACAAGUGUGAUCAUUACAUCUCAUAGUCUAUAUUGUUCUGUAUAGUUUAAAACUAUUUAUGUAUAUGUAUAUAUAGAUUCUGACAGACCACUGAUUUGUGGUUUUCUA